AGUAGGCAAUAGUGUCUUGAAACUUGUCGGCAUGAUUAUCAGGAGAUUGGGAACACAUGUAUUCCUGUUAUGAUUACCUCAAACAUCACAGAACAGCUAACAAGCUUCUCAGAUGUCAUCCCUUGCAUUCUUCUUAAGGUUGAGUUCCUGACAUCAUACUGGCUUUUUUUUGGGAAACUUCAGGCUACCAUACCUGCUUCAACUGUAGGAGAAUCUCAGCUUUGGAGAGCUGACCUUCCAGGUGAAGAAUUAGGCUUUGAUACAAUUUUUCUGGUACAGGCUGUAGAUCUGGUCUGGGCCCCAGACUAUCUUGCCUGUCCUCAAGAAUCACAACCACCUUGGAAUAACUCCUGGCCCACUCAGCCAGCACCUUUCCGGAAGCCAGAAGAACGAAGUGCCACACAUAUCAUCAGAGAGAAUUCCAAGAAAGAGGGAAUGAUCUAUAGUGUCUCAGGCCACAUUAAUCCUUCAAGAACAGUGUUAACUUUCUCAGGCUACUGGAACUCCACUUUUUGGAACUGUUAUGUUUACUGUUGGGGAGUGACUUUGGCACCAAGGAGAACUUGGCUCAAAUAAGACAGCAGUGUUUGCUCACUUUGUAAACAUUUGUUAUGAGAUCUUUGGGGUGUUACUUCACCAGCUGGAAACCUCUGUAGCUGGCGGGGCCUUCUGUCUGAGUACUGCUGGGGCUCGCUGGGCUCCUUCCGCCCACUCUGCCUGGCAGGCUGCACUCAGCUUGCACUACUGGCCUGAAUUCCACACCUGCCAAGGGUGAGCCAGGCAUGGAGCGGCAAGGGGUAUGCGGAUGAGUGAGCACGGGUCCGGCCACUGCGCACAGCCAGGCAUGCUGGCUGCUGCAGAGG